AUGGCUGCCCUCAGAGAAGCUCUCGAGAAACUCACCAGCCUCAGCACCCCACCAACUAUCGACAUCCCCCCAUCUCACUCCGCAACCUACGCCGCCUGGAGCCUAGACACCUCCACCAGCGACUUCUGCCCCGAGUGCCGCGUCUCCAACCCUAUUGAAAAGUACUCCGAGGGCGACGUCGUCUGCGGCGACUGCGGCCUCGUCUUGGGCGACCGCAUCGUCGACACCCGCUCCGAAUGGCGCACGUUCUCUAAUGACGACACCAGCGGGGUAGACCCCAGCCGCGUCGGCGCCGGCAUCAACCCUCUCCUCCACGGCGAGCAGCUCUCUACAACCAUCGCCUACACAAAGCCUGCCAGGACAACCAAGACCACCACCGCCGCCAGCGGCGGGGCGAGUGGGCGGGUGCUACAGCGCGCACAGGCCCGCACUGCGGAGAGUAAGGCUGACCAGUCACUGCUCGUGGCCUAUGAGCGUAUCGGUGCGUUCUGUGGGGGCAUGAGCAUCCAGAAUGUCGUCGUCGAAACGGCAAAGACGCUAUUCAAGCAGAUCGACGACGCAAAGGUGAUCCGCGGAAAGCCGGUGGAUGCCGUGGUGGCGGCGUGUAUCUUUUUGGCGUGCAGGCAGUGUAGCGUGCCGAGGACAUUCCGCGAGGUGUUUGCGAUGACGAACGUGCCGAAGAAGGACAUUGGGAGGGUGUAUAAGGUGAUGGAGAAGUUCUUUAAUAAGCAGGGGAAGGGGCCGGAGGAGGCGGGGGCUGGGGAUGGAGGGUAUAAGGUUACGGAGACGACGAAGCCGUGUGAGCUCAUUCAUAGAUAUUGUAGUGCGUUGAAGAUGGAUCAGCGGUGUGCGGCGGUCUCGGUGGCCCUGGCGGCGAGGAUUGCGGAGUUAGGGAGUGUGGCGGGGAGGUCGCCGAUUAGUGGUGCAGCGGCGUGUAUCUAUAUGAUCGGCCAUCUGUUGGGGACGUCGAGAACCACGAAAGAGAUAUCGAAAGUGGCUGGCGUGGGUGAGCCAACGAUCAGGAAUGCGUAUAAACACUUGUACAAUGAUCGCGCGAAGCUCAUUGAUCGGACGUGGCUGGAGGAGGGGAAAGGUGAUCUUGAGAGGUUACCUUGUGCCUAG